AUUCAUUCUCCCCUCCGCCUUUUACAGCAUAUGGCCCGCCCUCCUCCUUCCCCCAUUGGCGCUGGGUGGGACGCCAAUCAGGGGGACGGGCUGCACCGAUUGGAAGGCGGGUGGGCCCGUGCCUCGGAGCGCACUGCCCUCUGGGAGGUGUAGUUUCGGUCCUGGUCUCGCCCAGCCUCCAAACGGGGAAGAGGACUACAACUCCCGGUGGGCGCGCGUGUGUCGGUUUUGUCGAGAACAGCUGAGAGCCCGGGGACUGUGACAGAGAAACUGACACAGACACAGGGACCCGGUCCGUUUCAACGCGGAAGUGGUGGCCUUUUGAAUUCUCAUUUUCUUCGUGGAGAAGGGGAAGAGAGGAAAAUGGUAUCUUAGGAAAUAAUGCAAGGCCAAGCGGACAGUGAAAGGAAAAUUAUUUGCUCUUUGAAAAGAAGAGCCCUUGGAGGGGACACUCUUAACGAUAAGGGACUGGGAGAGCUGAGCCAGCCUUUCAGGAGAGGCAGCCGCAGCCCUCAAUGGCCAGCCUGGUGUAUGGAUGCGCAAGCCAGGCUGGUCUACAAUGGAGCCAGCGGCGAUGAGUUCCAGCAAGUCCCCAGCAACCGAAGCUGCCACUUGCAAUGGGGACCAUCAACAGGAGUCUCCUUCCCUCCAGGCUCCUGGAUGCUGCCAGCUCCUACUGCCUAAGCCCCCGCCGCCACCUCCCGCUGCCGCUGCUGCUGCCGCCCCCGGAUCCCGGAGCUUCUGGACGGCCGUGUUCGACUACGAGUCCACGGCCGACGAGGAGCUGACCCUCCGCCGCGGGGACGUGGUGGAGCUGCUGUCCAAGGACUCGCACGUCUCCGGGGACGAGGGCUGGUGGACGGGCAAGAUCCAGGACAAAGUGGGCAUCUUCCCGAGCAAUUAUGUCAGCAGCCACCCGGCCUACGGCGGCUUCCGAGGCGGCGAGGAGUUACCCCUUCCCCCAGUCAUCGACUUCAACGAGCUGCUGCUGGAGGAGAUCAUCGGGGUGGGAGGCUUCGGCAAGGUCUACAAAGGCACCUGGGGACGGGACGAGGUGGCGGUCAAAGCGGCGCGCCAGGAUCCCGACGAGGACAUCAGCGUCACGGCCGACAACGUCCGCAGGGAGGCCCGGCUCUUCGGCAUGUUGAGGCAUCCCAACAUCAUCCUGCUGAAGGGGGUCUGCCUGAAGGAGCCUAACCUGUGCCUGGUCAUGGAGUACGCCCGGGGAGGCGCUUUAAACCGAGCCCUGGCGGGCAGGAAGGUCCCCCCUCAUGUCCUGGUCAACUGGGCAGUGCAGAUCGCGAGAGGAAUGAACUACCUUCACAACGAGGCGGUUGUCCCAGUCAUUCACCGGGACCUUAAAUCCAGCAACAUUCUGAUUCUCGAGAAGGCAGACAGCGAUGAUCUCACCAACAAGACGCUGAAGAUCACGGAUUUUGGUUUGGCACGGGAGUGGCAUCGAACGACCAAAAUGAGCGCCGCAGGCACCUAUGCCUGGAUGGCCCCUGAAGUUAUUAAGUUGUCCCUGUUUUCCAAGAGCAGCGACGUGUGGAGGGAGUUGCGGAGCUGGGAGGAGGAGCUGAGCAGGGCUGCUAUUCAGCAGAGGAACCAUGAGGAGGUGCUGCGGAGGCGGGAGCAGGAGCUUGCUGAACGGGAGAUCGAUAUUGUGGAGCGGGAACUGAACAUCAUCAUGCGGCAGCUGUAUCAGGAGAAACCCAAAGUCAAAAAGCGCAAAGGGAACUUCAAGAAAAGCCGAUUAAAACUAAAGGACGGAAACCGGAUCAGCUUGCCGUCCGGGUUUGAGCACAAGAUCACGGUGCAGGCCUCACCAACCAUGGACAAGUGGAAGGGUCAGGCGACAGAUGGAUCCAGCCCCCCUGGCAGCCCCAUCAUCAUCCCCCGACUGAGGGCCAUUCGCUUGACCCCUGGAGAGGGCAGUCAGACCUGGGGCCGCAGUGCCGUUUACAAACGUGAAGAGUUCGAGGGUCACAAGAAGAAAGGGCGGACCUGGGGCCCCAGCUCAACGCAGCAGAAGGAGCGUCUGGGUGGUGAGGACAGGUUGCGGUGUCUGGGUGAUGGCAGCAAGUUUUGGUCUUCGAGUGCACCAAGUCUGGGGAAAACCCCUCGGCACAUCCCGAUCACCAUGGGCUUUGCCAGUCUGACCGAGAUGGAGGGUCAGAGUCCGGUCGGAGGGCGGUUUCAGAGUCCGAGCCAGUCACCAGUCACCCUUGGUUGCCAGGACAGCGAGACCAGCCUGACGGAUGACAGCUCCCCGGUCACCCACGGCCCGAGCGCUGACAGUUUCAAACGUAGUCCCCAGCGUAGGAGGAACGAGCUGGUGCUGCUGGGCUGUGCCAACAUCCUGAGCUCAGUGGCCCUGAGCUGUGACCUGGUCUCCCUCGGCCGUCAGCAGAUGCUGCACGACGAACAGGAGAAGAGGAGGGAGGGCAUUUUCCAGCGCACGGGGCGGUGUCGCAGCUCAGACAGCCCCCCCAGCCGCCUGGCCCACAGGAAGGAGUCCGUCCUGCCAUCCCUGGAAGCCUCGUCCUCCGUUACGCUGCUCUCGCUGUCCUCCGUCUCGGACUGCAACUCCACUCGCUCGCUCCUGCAGUCCGACAGCGACGAGGCAGGUACCUGGGCCACACCGGACGGCACUGAGAGCCCCAACCAGGCCCCACCCGUCAACCCCCUGCUCGACCUGACCGUGGAAACCUUCAAGCGGAACCCCGAACAGUCCCUCACCCCGACCCACGUCAGCGCAGCCUCUGCUGUUAAACGGGGGCACAGGAGGAUCCCAUCAGAUAGUGCCAUCCGACAGCAGGCCCAGGUCCAGGUCCAGACGCACAGGAGGAGUCCAUCGGACAGCAGUACGCACAACUUUGUGGACACAGGUGUUCCCAAGGAUUCCACUGAGAUCCCACGUCUUCCAGACCCCAACUCCUUCCUGCCCCCGAUCCUGCGGCGGAAAACGUUGGAGAGGGACGCGGCCCUGGAGAGGCCAAAGACCCUGGAGUUUGCACCGAGACCCCGGCCUUCGGCCAGCCGCCCACGGAUUGACCCUUGGCGGUUUGUCUCCUUCACCAGGACUCACAGUGCGUCCCCGGGCAGCAGCACCGAAACCCCCAGCAACACCGACUCCGGGGAUGAGCGCCUCGGCACCUCCUGUCCAUCCGCUCUGGACACCGGCUGUGUCCGUAGCUUGCUGGACAUCGACCUCGAGGGGCAGGUGGCUGAUGGGACGGUCCCACUCUGCCAAGCCGACCUGGCCCUCCAUAAAAAGUCCAUUUACAGCGUGGAGGAGGGUCACAUGCGCUGACACCACUAGGCCGCAAGCCUGUCAUCCUGGAAACCGACCCUCCAACAGACCUGCAGCAUCUCUGCCCUUUGACCUGCCGUGUCAUGACCCCGUGUUCCGAUUCAACGGUUUGAAAUCUGAGCUGUCCAACCCGUAAGGCCAAAACACCAACUGCCUGAUUGAUGAGAGUCAACCAAUGAGAGGGCCUCAGUGCUCAAACAUUCAGCAUCAACAGGAACGGACCCCUUCUGUUACCUUCCUGGUGGGCGUCAUGGGGUGGGGUGGGCAAUAUUUUAGCCAAAAUAGCCUUUCAAAGCAGUUUGUGGUGGAUUGAGGGUUGCCAACUCUCACAGGGUCUACUUGUGAAGGCUUCACCCUGUGAAAUCCAGCUACAAGUCAGAUUUUCAGCUCUCCACGAUAUUUAUUUAAACCAUUAACACGUCAAAAGAACAGCGCAAUAAUUUUUAUUUUCUCUCUUGGAGUUUUGUCACAGUGGUGGUGGAGUCUGAAGAUGAAUUGUCAAUUUCUGAAGACUCGAGGUGAACCCUAGAUGGUUGGCAGCCCUAGAUAGCUGGGACUGUGAUGAUAGUGGCCUUGUCUAGUCUCCAUUUUCCUUGCUCUAUCUUUCUUCAUCCACCAGGAAAGGGCGGGAGAGCUUGUAGCACUGGGUUUUGGAAAGUUAUUUUGCCAAAUUGACAAACAGAAAGCCAAUCUUGACGGGUUGAUUUUCUGUAAUAUUGGUCCCAGCGACACAGAAGGUUUGGGGAUACGGGAGUGGGGAGGGACAGCAAGUGUAAAAAUAACCUCCCGCUGUAAAAACUUUGGUUGGAAGUUUUGGGGAUCAUCCUGGGUCAGCAAUACUGUCGUCUUCCCUGUCAAACAGGAUACAGCACCCAUCACUUCAGUUUAUUGUUGUUUACAUUCUCUUCCAUGGGAUGUGAACAGCAUUUAGUUGUCCAUCCCUCAUUAUCCAGGAGAAGAUUACACCAGCCACAUCAGAGACAGCACUGUAUCCCUGACGUCACUGUUUUUGGGAAGGGGUGAUGUUAGGGAUGCGGAGGGGAACGGCUAAAAGAAGAGGUUAUUGAGCGAGGGAAGCUAUUUGGUGUUGCACACAUCUCAAUGGUGCAGACUCAUUCACUGAGGGGGUGCAGACUCAUUCACUGAGCAUGCACCGUUUGAGAAAUUGGAGUAUGCUUGAAAUCCAGGUCUUGGGAUCGAGUGAGACCCCCGACAGAUUCCAAUUAUUCAUCCAAAUGUGUUUCCAGUCGAAGGGGGAAAGAGAAGAACAUUGCAUUUUGAUCUAAGUCUCGACCGUCCGAUGUACAUCUGCAAUGUCCCCAGUCAAUCAAAAGCCAGAAUGAGAUCUUUCAGGCCCCUGUGUUCCUGAAUUAGCUAACUCUCCUUCAACAGUCACACAUUACAGAGUGAAUUGGUUUAGUAAAUAAGGAAGGGUAACCACUCGCACCACCACAAACACUCAGUCGCAGCAGGGUGUACCAUCUAUGACAUGCACUGCAAACUUUCACCAAAGGUCCUUAGACAGCACCCUCCAAACCCACAAACACUUCCAUCCCAGAUGAUCAUUAGAAAGGUAUGUCCUUGGCAUCUUGCAAACACUUCCAUCUACAGGGCAGCAGAUACAUGGGAACACACCCCCUGCAAAUUCCCCCCUGAGCCCCUCACCAUCAUGGCUUGGAAAUAU